UGAGAAGGAAUUAGAUUUAACCCAAUUCUGGUAAUAAAAUUGCUGCUUCUGUGUCUCUCUAUCAGUUCAUAGCUUACGUAAAAUUGCACAAAAGAAACAGAUUUAUGGCAACGGUUCAGAUCAGUUUGGAUUGAGCAGUGAUUCAGGUUUAGAUACUUGGCACUGCUAAACAUCCAUUGUGUUUGGAUAAGCAAUUCAGUGAGUAAGAACAAUGGGCAGACUCUAGACGAAUAUUUGAAUUGUUACAUGCACUGCUAACCAUGUGCUGGUAGUAUUGUCUCUGCCAUGUAUAAAGAGUACCGCAUUUGUUACGGCAUCUAGUAUUUUAAGCGCCACAGAUGGAGAAGAUUGUGUUCUAUGAGGACCGGGACUUCCAGGGAAAGUCCUAUGACUGCAAAGGGGACUCUGCUGACCUGCAGGGCUUCAUCCACCGAUGCAACUCAGUCAAGGUAGAAGGUGGCUGGUGGGUUCUGUACGAGCGUAACAACUACACGGGCUACCAGUACAUCAUUGGUCCAGGGGAGUACAAUGAUUACCGCCGCUGGAUGGGCUUCAAUGACUGUGUCAGAUCCUGCAAGAUCAUCAAAACUGCCAAAGGGCCAUACAUGUUGAAGCUGUUUGACCGGCCAAACUUUGGUGGCCAAUCUUUGGAGUUGACAGACAACAUGAAGUCUCUCCAGGAGAAAUGGCUCAGAAAUGAAGUCCAGUCCUGCAAGGUCAUUGAGGGUUCCUGGGUUUUCUUUGAACAUCCCAACUUCUGUGGUCGCCAGUACCUGCUGGAGAAAGGGGGGUACCCACAUCACUCACAGUGGGGAGCUCCGAAAGCAACUGUGGGCUCCGUCAGAAGAAUCAUGCAGCUGUGA